UAUCAUACUCCGUUUAGCAUCCUGGGACCACCUGAGGAUGCUGUCCUGGCUUCUUGUCUUCUCUACCUUGGUUCUUCCGGCAUGGGGUGUUUCCUCCUGGGAAAACCCACAGACUAACCAGGUGUCAGAAGGGCUGCAGCAACUGUUUGGCAACAUCUCCCAGCUCUUUGAGAAAGGCGUACUGGGUCGUGAUGAUUUCUUCAUCAUGGUUUCUCGUGAGGAAUGGGGGGCAAAAGCAAUUGGCUGCAUCUCCAAGCUGAGCAGGCCAGUGGAUGUCCUUGUCGUACACCAUAUCCCUGGACUAGAGUGCCACAACAAAACUGUCUGUAGCCAGAAGCUUCGGGAACUUCAGGCCUAUCACAUCCACAACAGCUGGUGUGAUGUGGCCUACAAUUUCCUGGUUGGGGAUGAUGGCAGAGUGUAUGAAGGUGUUGGUUGGAAUGUCCAAGGCUCUCACGACCAGGGCUACAACAACAUCUCCUUAGGUGUUGCCUUCUUUGGCACCCAGGAAGGCCAUAGUCCCAGCCCUGUUGCUCUGUCAGCCAUGAAGGGCCUGAUUUCCCAUGCUGUGAUGAAGGGCCACUUGUCAUUCAAGUACAUCCAGCCAUUUCUUGUGAAAAGUGAAGACUGCCUGGUACCUCCACAGAAAGGGAAACAGAAGAAAGCUAAUUGUCCCCAUAUAAUUCCACGUUCUGUUUGGGGGGCAAGAGAGUCCCACUGCUCCAAGAUGACCCUCCCUGCAAAGUAUGCCAUCAUCCUUCACACUGCUGGGAGAACAUGCAGUCAGCCUGACGAGUGUCGCCUGCUGGUCCGAGAUCUCCAGUCCUUCUUCAUGGACAGGCUAAGCGCAUGUGACAUUGGGUAUAACUUCCUUGUGGGCCAGGAUGGUGGUGUUUAUGAAGGGGUGGGCUGGAAUAACCAAGGCUCCAAGACUGAUGGCUACAAUGACAUCGCUUUGAGCAUUACUUUCAUGGGCACCUUCACAGGUUCCUCACCCAAUGCAGCUGCAUUGGAGGCAGCCCAGGACUUGAUCCAGUGUGCUGUGGUCAAGGGGUACCUGACCCCCAACUACCUGCUAAUGGCCCACAGUGAUGUGUCCAACACUCUGUCUCCUGGGCAGGCAUUGUACAACAUUAUCAAGACAUGGCCUCACUUCAAGCACUAAGGGAAGCCCUAGCCCUAUCUGAGGUUGAGCUUCCUCCUUCUGGGUGUCUGUCUUUACCUCUCACGUUGGAUUAGUAUCUCUGACCUCUCAUUUCAAAAACUUUACCUUGUUCAUUUCCCCAGUUGGGAUGACCUUGCCCUCUCUUGGUGACACCUACCAGUGUCCCCCAAGUUUUGCACUUACAGUCCCUUGAGUCUGAGUCAAGUCUCUUCUCUCCUGGGUACUUGUCUACUUAGCCAGGUGAGGUAAUUAGCUGGUUCUUGUCAUACCUCCUUCCCUAGUUGUCUGCCCCUCUGCCUGGUACCUAUGCUCUGGUAGUUUCCAGUGCUCAUCUAUGGCCCAGGGAGAGUGUCCUCACCUCCUCUGCUCCCACAUUCACUUGUUCGUAUGUGAAUGCUCCCUUGCAAACAUGUAGGUCCUAUUGUAGGUUGUGAGUUUUUCCAGGCCAGAAUUUUCUUUAUCAUUGGGUAGCUUGUGUCAGCUCCCAAUAUGUGUUUAAAUGUUAAUAGAUGUUAUGGAUGUUUGUUUGAGAAAUGGAGGAACAAGUUAAAGUCCCCCGUCCUUUUCUAAAAGUUUGCCGUCACCCCUCUGUGGAAGCCUUGCUGUCCAGUGUCCCAUCCUGCCAUUAUUCUCAGCGCUGGUACUUCUUGGUUGGAGGCUCAGAGCUGGCUGUGGUGACUUGUCCAUAACUGGUGCCAUGUCUCUGAAGUCCUGUGCCGUUGUAUCCAUAGAACACCCUGAGUGCAAGGACAACACGCUCCUCCAGCAGCAAGGCAGACUGCCAACACUUGCUGCCCAGUACUGUGGCCUGCCUUUGCCGGGAUGCAUCCUGCUGGGCUCUGAAACCCUCCUACAUUCAUCAUUUGUUGUCAGCACAUGAAGACUUAUUUCAUCUGUGUUUUUCUGAAAAAAAAAAAGGGAGAGUAAGAGGGAAAGAGGAGAGAUGAAUAAAAGGUAUAUAGUGUAGAGACUGUACUGUUAGUUUUGAUAAAAUGAAGCUUUAUCUUAUUUUAUAUGCUUUUGUUGCUCUUAUUUUAGUAAAAACAAAUAUUAAACUCUC